UUGUGCAUGAAGUUUUUCUUCCUGACUAUGUCUUGAAGUACUGCACAGUAGGAAUAACUGAUUUUGUCUGAAGGGCAUUUUAUGGAGAACAUUUAGCUAUGCUAAUUAUUUGAGGCUUAGUUCACGCAGCUGUUAAUCCUCUGACAAUACCUGAGAGUGAACUUUUGCCUUCCAUGACAAGAUUUUUAUAUAUGCCAUUUGCAUGUGUAGAAGAAACCUACUUUGUUCAUUAAAAAGGACAAUUUUCCCCAUUUUGAUAAGGAGAUAAACUUCUGCAGGAAGCAUUACGUGUAAUUUAAGUUUAAUGGUGCUAUUUGGGCUGGCUGUUGGGUACUAAAUAGUCAUUAGCGGUGAGAAGCCUGACAGGGAAGUGUAGACAUGACCCCAGUACAGUUCUCCCUGGGAGGUGCUUCUGGACUGUGUUAAAAUAAAUAAUACUGGAGAAAAAUAAAUAUGAAAAGCUUUAGAAAAUGUCAAGGUGUGGAACGGGGCUGUUUCCCACUUCUCUGUUGCCCACACCCAAAGUCCCUCACCGCGGGCAGAAGGCGCCGGCUGCCUGAAGCAAUCCAGCCUCCUUCUCCUCCCGGAGGGGUGCGAGGGCAGUGCCACAGACGCCACACCCCGCCGAGGGCAGGGCAGACAGGGUAAGGCUGCUCAUCUUCCUCCUCCUCCUCCGUCUGGCCGCGGGGGGCUCCGGAGGCGGCGGCCGCACGCAGGUACCGCGUCCCCCCGCCCGGACCUCGCCUGAGGGUGGCCCCGGCCAGGGCCGCCCGCUCGGUGCGCGCCGUCGCCAUGGCGACGACACCACAGCAGGGCGGGAAGGGCCCCGGCCCGCGGAGAUGGCUUCACGCAGGCCGAGGUGGUCUGCUACCGAGCCUGGCUUUCCUUCCUGACAGGAAAAGUGCAGUGUCUUACCAAAUCUUCCUGGCUAAAACUUAGUCCAACUAAUAAGAACAGUUUUAGAGUCCACUGCUUUAAGAUAAAGACAUCAUGGAUAAAUAUGAAAUCCUUAAGAAAAUUGGAGAAGGAUCUUAUGGCAAAAUAUUCUUGGCAAAAGGAAAAGUGGAUAAUGAGCAAUGUGUCAUCAAAGAGAUUGAUUUAACUAAGAUGCCUGUGAAAGAAAAAGAAGCCUCGCGGAAAGAAGUCAUUCUUCUGGCCAAGAUGAAGCAUGCAAAUAUAGUCACCUUCUUUGCUUCUUUGCAAGAAAACAACAAGCUAUAUAUCAUGAUGGAAUACUGUGAUGGUGGAGAUUUAAUGAAGCGGAUAAAUAUGCAGCAUGGAGUACUGUUUGACGAGGACCAGAUUUUGAGUUGGUUUGUGCAGAUCUCCUUGGGCCUGAAGCAUAUUCAUGACAGAAAGAUUUUACACAGAGAUGUAAAAGCACAGAACAUUUUUCUUAGCAAUAAUGGAAAGAUAGCAAAGCUUGGGGACUUUGGCAUAGCAAGACAGUUGACCAACACCAUGGAGUUUGCCUAUACCUGCAUAGGGACGCCUUAUUAUCUGUCACCCGAGAUCUGUCAAAAUCGACCAUAUAACAAUAAAACAGAUAUUUGGUCUCUUGGCUGCGUGCUCUAUGAGCUGUGUGCACUAAAGCAUCCUUUUGAAGGCAAUAGCUUGCACCAGCUGGUGCUGAAGAUUUGCAGAGGAUAUUUUCAGCCCGUGUCUCCCAAAUAUUCGUAUGAUCUGAGGAUGUUAAUUUCCCAGUUGUUUAAAGUAUCUCCAAGAGAUCGGCCAUCUAUGAAUUCUAUUUUGAGGAAGCCCUUCUUGCAGAAGCUUGUUCUCAGAUAUUUGCCCCCUGAGUUAACACAGGAAGAACUCAGUCUCACUGUGAUACACAGAAGAAAGCCUUCAGCAUCACAGCCUGGAGCCAAGCUGAUACAAGAAUGUAAGCUUCAGAAAGGGAGAGUCAUGGACGAAGUUCCUCCAGAAUCUGGAAUGGUGACGCCUGUCAAGACGCAGGAAUUCUUUCAAAGAAGUGAAUGGGAACCUUCAGGAUGGCAGCAGCCUCAGCCACAGAGCUCCAGAUUUAAGAUGGCAGAAAGGCCAGAGAAUACCAGAGCGCAUGGCCAUUAUGGUCAUUACUAUGAUAAACUUGACAGCUUGCAGAGGAAAGGUAAUGCACAUUAUGACCUUUCUCACAUCAGCCAAAGAGUUGAGGAAUACUAUAAACAAAAAGGACAAGUUGCACCUCCGCCUCCCCCACCUGACGGGCCUGCAGAAUAUCUUCAAAGGCGUUUUGAAGCCCAGCAGUACAAGAUUAAAGUGGAAAAACAGCUGGGACUGCGGCCAUCCUCUGCUGACCCAUAUCAUGACCAAAUACAGCAGCAGAAAAUAACGGAAGAGUAUCUCAAAUUGCAUCAUCAGGACGUGUCUAGAAAGAAUGAAAUGAAAGAACAGGAGUACCUGAAACAGUUACAGAAAAUUCGGGAAGAAUACCACAGCAAUAUAAAAGAAUUCAGAUUCAGAGCAGGAGUACUCCAGGACAAUCAAAAAAUACAAGAUAAAACCUAUCUGGUGAGGCAAGGGAAAGCUGAGAACCAGUCUGAAAGCACAGAUACGGCUGGAACAAAAGAAGAAUCACUUGAGAACAUGGAGGAAAACUUUGAACAAGUCACACUCCAAGAUAGGCAAGAUCAAAACAUUUUGGAGAAGGAAUAUAGCACAAAGGGAGGAAUAAAGUUUGAAAUUAAUUUAGAUGAAUGUGUUCCUGAGGAAGACAACAUUCAAGAAGCAGAGGUACAAGAUAAAGCCGAUGAGAUGUUAACUUUUGUGGAUAUGGAGAAUCUUAAGGAGAAACUGGUGGAAGUUUAUGAAGAUCCCGUGGACGGGGCUUUGGAAGAACUUUCCGGAUACCAAACAGGGUCCAGUGAUGCAGGUGAUACUGAAGAAAACAGGAAGCAGUGGCAAACUGGAACCCCCCAGACACUACUGAUUUUUUUAGCCAAUGCUGAUGUCACAUCUGUACAUCCUAUGGCUGAAAAUGAAUUUUCUGACCGUGUCAUUCUGCCUGAAGACAUCACAGAACACAGGAAGCAAUGGAAACAAACAGCACCUGGGACACUCCUGAGCAUCUUAGCAAAAGCAGAGCUGUCUAAUGCCUCCUUCAUCCAGCUUGAAGAAGAAAUAGAAGGGAAAUUAACCCUGUCGCCAAAAGAAAGCAAGGAAGAUGACUCAGAAAGGUGCUCCAGUGUUGCUGUUGAUGAUGGUAGACUUGAGCCAAGAUCAGAUGAUGAGGACACAAAUUUUGAAGAUUCUGAAGAUGAACUGAGACAUGAGCUGGAAGAAUCUCUGGAAAAAGUGGGAACUCCUCUGGCAGAGAGAACCACAGAGUCUUCCAUGCUUUCAAUAAAUAAAGGUCAAACACAUGAAGAAAAGAUGAGCUUAACUAGCAAACUGUUUGGAAAAGCUAAUGAUGAUCUAGAAAAUAACUGUGAGUCCCUUAGUGUUGACACAGAUAAUUAAAAAGUCAAGCAAGAAGCAACAGCUACGUAGAGCACCAGCAUGAUUACUGUUUCGGACCAUUACUAUCCUUGAAAUUUUAACCGCAUCAAUGACAAAUUUAAAAAAAACAGGUAGCUGACAUUAAAUGCCAAGUAAAUCAGCUACUCUUCAACAGAGUUAAGCAUUCAAUUAAAAUUGAAAGGGUUUUUGCCAUUUUUUUAGAAGGAAAAAAAAAAUCAGGCUAAUUUUAGAUGUCUACAAUUUGAAAAAUUGCGAUCCAGAUUAAAAUGCACUUUUCUCUCUUGUUCUAAGCUACGUGGGACAUCUCUGACAACACUCGUUCGGGCAAAUUUCUGACUGCAUACUCUUUAACCAUUUUUGUAUCACUUCAGAAAGGCUCCUACUCAGUGGAUUUUAUUUCUGUAGAUCAAUCAACAUCCUGUUUUAAGAAACUUUUCCAGCUUCUCAUAAUCUGAGUACCACUACUGAAGCUUUAUAAUUCCAAUAGUUUAAUUUGCAUAGCACUGACUGCACACAGUACUUCCAGCUAUUGAGCAGUUGUAUACAGUAGGAGUAGAAGGUUUUACUAGCACCAUGAGAAUCGCGUGUUCCCCAGUUCCUAGCAUAGGACAGGGUUCCAGUGGUUGAACAAUGACUUCUUCCAACCAUAUUUUCACAGUGUCAUUAAUUCAGAUGAAGUUUAAAUAAAGGAAAAACAA